UCCUUCUCAACAUGGCGGCGCGGCCGGCGGUUUGGAAAGUAACGGCCGUCGGUUGUCCGUCACUCUGGGGAUGGCGGCGACAGCAGCGGCCGCUCCGUCCACCCCCGGCCGCUGGUUUGGCUUCGGCUUUAACCGCUUCGGGCAGACAGUUCCCGGCGUGGCGGCUGACAGGGUGCUGGAACCCGGCCAGCUGGCGGCCUGCGGCUCGGGGCCACGACCGGGGCACAGCAAGGACAAGGUCUGCCCGGCCUGGAGUCACUCGGCCGGCUGGAGAGGUGAUGGAUCUAUUCAUUUCUGGGGCUUUGUUGCCGAUGGUCCUCGGCACCAGAUAUACAUUAACAACCGGGAUCAACAACGAUGCAGAGACAUCCUGACCUCGGAGAAAUACCUGCUAACGUUGUGGCAGGAUAGAGUGGAGUGCUGGGAUGUCCCAAGCCUCUGCCCCACUGUAGACACCAUGGGUUCUGUGAUUUGGACUAAACAUCUACAGGAAGAGGAGAAUCCAAACACAGCAUUUCCAUUAAUCCCCGGCGGCUACAUUACCACAACUCCUCCAUUCUACAAGCCUCUGUCACCACGGCUUCAGGCGAGGAGGCUGGCCCUGGGCGGUGAACAUGCUCUCUUGCUGACCUUUGACUGGACGCUGUAUUCCUGGGGCUCCGGACGACAUGGUCAGUUGGGACAUGGCAGUGUUGAGGAUGAAGCAGAGCCACGGGUUGUGGAGGCGUUGCAUGGACUGGCGAUGGCUGAGAUAGCAGCGGGGACCUGGCACUCCAUAUGUACCAAUGCUUCGGGUGACGUGUACGUGUGGGGCUGGAAUGAGUCCGGACAGUUGGGUCUGCCAACAAAACUGCAAUCAGGGGAGGAACAUCAACAGCUCUCCCUACAGACAGGGCCGUCUGGAGAAGGUGCGGAGAUCUGCUCUCCGGCCCUGAAGGAGGCAGGUGAGGGGAAUAUCGGAAACGUUAAUGUGUUCAUCUCAAUUCAAGCGUUUCCAGCCCUGUUGGACUUCCCAGGCGAGCUGGAGAUGUGUAAAGUCAGCUGUGGGUCACGACAUACGGCGGCUGUCACCAGAUGUGGUAAACUGUACACAUGGGGAUGGGGGAACUACGGCCAGCUUGGCCACGGCCAGACCGAUAGCUCCGACGUUCCAAGGCUUGUGGAAUACUUCACGGAAAACCAUCUCGGGGUGAUGGAUGUUGUGUGCGGGCCCUGGAACACUUUUGUCUUUGCACAGGGAGGAAUAUGAA